ACCACCCUCGGUGGAUGUCCACUGAGUGCUGUGACAGCUACUUCAAGCCGCUCUUCACCAACUAUGGCCUCUGCUUCAGCUUCAACGGGUUGCCUUUGAAUGGGAUGACCAACGUUACCAUUCCCUGGCAGAAGUCGUUUACUGAUGUAACACCAGGUAGUAGCGAGUGGAGUCUAGAUGCAGGCUACCCGAAGGUCUUUCCUCCGCCAUCGAAUACCCUGCCUUACAGGGUGAUGGGGUCUGGAGAAACCAACGGCCUUGGAUUGGAGUUAUACUUGAAUAAAAGUGAACACCAGUUCGCCUGUGAUGGAAACAGCAUGGGAUUUAACGUCUUACUCGAUUCUCCUACAGACCAUUUCUACUCCAGCACACUCCUUCGUCUACCGAUGGGUCGGAUGACCACCGUGGAGCUAUCGCCCAUUACCUACAAGACAGACUCUACUCUAAGGUCGUUGAACCCAGAUAGAAGGCAGUGCUUUUUCCAGAAUGAAAGGAAGUUGGUCUACUAUGAAUUUUAUACAGACAGCAAUUGCAAGCACGAUCUUUUGAUACGAGAAGCUGUGAGGACGUGUAAUUGUGUGCAUUUUAACUGGCCUAGGACACACGUAGCGGAACCAAUUUGCUCGACAGAAUCGGAAUUUCAAUGCAUUGAUGAUGUUAAAGCAAAUGUGGAAAAGAUGCUGAUGUAUGCGUACUUCGACGACAGCGAGGAGCACCGGCGUCCUAAGUCCGUCUCCACGUCCUGCCACCCGUCCUGCAACGACAUAUUGUACUCCAGCCAGGUGUUCUACUCGGACCUCAUCAAGGAACCUGGGGAUGCUUCUCCUGAAUGGGGUAGUCAUGAGAGCGGAGAUGUAACAAGGGUGAACGUGCAUUUCUACGACGAUAUGUUCCUAGGCCAACAUCGUCAUAUGCAGUACGACGAUUAUUAUUUCGUUGGUGCCAUCGGUGGUCUUCUGAGCCUCUUCUUGGGCUUCAGCAUCAUCAGCGUGGCCGAGCUGUUGUACUUCGUCGUACUAAGACCACUGCACUUGGUCUUGAAAGAGCAGUUCUUUCGUCCUUAGCUUUUUGUAAUUUAGAAAGAAAAGAUAAGAAAGAUUAUGUUUAUUAUGCGAGGAGAUAGAAAAGAUAGGAGCGAGUCAUGAGCUGUACCCACUUUAAGACUGUCGCACUAACAUAUUUGACAUUUAGUGAGACUUACAGUUCAAUUUGUCAAAAAAGUUAAUGUGGCAUGGUACCAAAGUGUAUACAUAUUAAUGCUCGUGACCGUACAC